AUGUCGGAAGCCUCGUCAACAGGCAAGGAAGCCGUGAAAGUGCCUGGCAGCGAUCACACAUUCUUGAAUCCUGAGAACAGCCGACCUCACAAUGGCGUCGUCGCAUAUCCAUUCAAGCUCAAGAAUAUUGGCAAAGCAGCCGCCAACAAGAGAUCGCCAAGUCCAAAUGCUUCCACCAUGACUCUAGAAUCGGUCGACGGAAGCGAUCGGGCGUCUACCAGAAGCACGGAAUCGUCUAGGUUGAAGGCCGCGCGCAUCCUCGGCGUAUCUCCCAUGGAGCUUCCAAGCGAUCUGCCAGGAACAUCUGGCGCUGGCGGCACGAAUGGCGCAAAGCGGGAUCCGGGCUCCACAGCAUCCCCGGACGAGCAUCGAUCAGGGUCUGAAACCGAUAUGAUCCCGACCCUGGAAGUGUCACCAGCUGCUUUCCAUGAAACUGGUAAUGUGCAGGACGGAAAUUCUUCUUCCGCCUCGUCUCGUCCGGUGUCAAUGCUCCCGGAAAAUGUUCGUGUCUCUCACUUGAAAAGCCCCGAAGAAAAUCCAGUCGGUCCAUUGAGCCCAUCCGAGCAGCAGGAUCCGAUUGCAACGACCACCGCGAAACACCGACAAGGCAGAGUCGAAUAUCGAGAUUCAAGGCUAGGUCAACUAGGUGCGGACGGAAUGCCUACACAAGCAUUUCCAGAAACGAGCAGUGCUUCUCGGCCGGCUCCAUUCAAGAUACGCAAUCCUGUGUACGACAAUCGAGCAUCGGCGGAUGUCACAGGGCAGACAGUGGAUGAGCAGAGUCAACCGCUUGACGCAUCGAAGCCGGCACCCUUCAAGAUGAGGCAUGUUGUGUACGACGCGAGAGUUGCGCCUGUUGGCAGCAAACCCCCAGGGUCUGAUGCCGAAGCGGCAGCCUCUGUUGCAGCCAAUGGCUCAAGUAAGAGCGAGACUUCACUUUCAUCUGAUGCCCAAGCUCUGCCAGGCACGGCAGUGACAUCACCUGCUGCAACAGCCGCUGCUGUGGUAGCUGCUCAGCAUGCCGCGGCCAGAUCCGUCUCAACAAAUUCGACAGCAUCUCCCAUUGAUGAUGAAAAGGAGGUGGUGCACUUCUCACAUAACAACGCUAACCGUGAUUUUCCGCAGACCAACAACACCACUCAGCCAACCGGGAAUAUUCUUUCACGCCCCGCGCCGCCGGUCAGGCCGAGCUCGAGCGGUCCACCACCAACGCCGCCACCAAAAGACCCUCCCAAAUUGGAGAAGGAAGCGCACCCUAUACUUCCAGCGAAGAGUCUGGCUCAGGGAAGAUCUCGGGACAAUCUGAAGGGGAGCGACGGAAGCAUUAGUGGUCCUGAUGACAACACUAUAUCGUCAACGAAGAGAAAGCCAGUGGCAGUGCCAACGAGCAAAUUCUCGAGGAGCAACGAGAAUCUCAGCAGCUAUGGCAACGCACCUUCGCUACCAGCCGGUGCAGCAGCGGCAUUAGCUGGAGUAAGGGCGAGAUCAGCGAGUGCAGAGACGAGCGGGAGUUCGGAAGGGACAUCAUAUGACAACCAGGCGGUAUCUGCCGCAAGCGUUGCUUGCAACAACUCCGGAAUGCGACCCGAGUUCGGAGUCCUUCCCCUUAGCAAAUUCUCUCCUGCUGCCUCUUCGUCGCCCAAAGAGAAGCUACAAAUCGACCCUCCAGCAGCGGCACCAGCACCCACUAUCGGAAAUCUGAGCUUCGAGCGCUCACCAGUGAAAGGAGACUUUGGUGAUGCGACAACGAUGGCGGAAAACACGAACACUACUAGUACUCCACGGCCUCCUCUAGAAACAUUUAUAACAGCACAAGAAGCUUUGGAUCUUGGGAUGAAGGAGGGACAGAAAUUCUAA